AUGGGUCGAUCAUUACCAUUCAAGCUCGACGAUCCUGUUCUCUUCCAUGAGAUGUCGCUCUUGAACGGCAAAUGGGUUCAAUCCAGGUCUCAUGAGCAAUUUGAUAUCGAAGAUCCUGGCAGUGGCAAAGUGUUUGCGAGCUGUCCAACGAACAAGGUGGACGAUGUGGACAAUUACGUGCGCACCUCGCACGAGGCAUUUCGCGAAUACCGCCAUGUCAACCCGCGCCAACGUGCCAAAUGGCUGUUGAAAUGGCAUGACCUCAUCGCGAAUGCUCGAGAGGACGUUGCCAACUUGGUGACAUACGAGACCGGGAAGCCUUUGAGCGAGUCACGCGGCGAGAUAGACUAUGCCCUCGGUUUUGCGUGGUGGUUUGCAGGCGAGGCUGAGAGGGUGCGUGGCAGCAUCGCUAUACCCUCCAAUUCAGAACGCCGAACGUAUGUCAUCAAACAGCCAAUUGGUGUCAGUGUCGCGCUCGUCCCGUGGAACUUCCCCGUCGCUAUGAUCAUCCGCAAGGUCGCGGCCGCUCUGGCAGCGGGUUGUAGCAUGAUUGUGAAGCCGUCUCCAGAGACGCCGCUGAGCACAUUGGCACUUGCUGACAUGGCACUGCGUGCUGGUUUCCCCCCGGGAGUCUUUAAUGUCAUCACCACCGACAAUACCAACACACCUUCAGUCAGCGAAUCUCUUUGCAAACACCCUCUAGUACGAAAGGUAACCUUCACGGGCAGUACCGCAGUGGGAAAGCUCAUUGCCAAACACUGUAGCGAUGGUCUCAAGAGAGUAACUCUCGAACUAGGUGGUAACUGUCCCUUUAUCGUCUUCGACGAUGGAGACCUUGAACAGGCCGUGGCAGCCCUGAUGAUACUCAAGUGGCGCACAGCAGGACAAGCCUGCACUCAUGCAAACCGAGUGUACGUGCAACGUGGUGUUUAUGACAAAUUCGCGCAAAUGAUGGUCAACGCGACACAAAAUCUGCGAGUGGGACAUGGUGCUGAGCCCUCCACCACCAUGGGAGCUCUGACUACCAGUCGAAGUCUCGAAAAGCUGGAGCGGCACGUUGCUGAUGCCGUCGGCCAAGGAGGCCAGGUGCUCUAUGGUGGGAAGUCACUUAACAAGCACGGUGGCUAUUUCUUCGAGCCCACUAUCAUCUCCAACAUGACUCCUUCAAUGUUGACUACACGAGAAGAAAUCUUCGGGCCUCUUCUAGGUUUGUACAGGUUUGACACCGAGGAAGAGGUCGUGGGAUUGGCAAAUGAUACCUCUCUGGGCCUUGCCUCCUAUUUCUUCACACGCGAUGUACAGAGGACCUGGAGACUCUUAGAAAGCCUCGAGGCGGGAAACGCUUCCGGAGCAGAGUCCCCGUUCGGCGGGAUCAAAGAAUCAGGUUACGGUAAGGAAGCUGGAAAGGAUGUGGCUGUUGAGGAGUACUUGAUCGCGAAAACCGGCACUCUUACUGUCGGCACGAUGUCAAAAUUGUGA